AUGAGUGUGACGAGUUUGUUUUCCUUCACAAGUCCAGCCGUGAAGAGACUUCUUGGGUGGAAACAGUGUGACGAAGAAGAAAAAUGGUCAGAGAAGGCUGUUGCUGCGUUGGUGAAGAAACUGAAGAAGAAGAAGGGAGCCAUGGAGGAGCUGGAGAAGGCCCUGAGCUGCCCCGGGCAGCCCAGCCACUGUGUCACCAUCCCCCGCCCGCUGGACGGCAGGCUGCAGGUCUCCAACCGGAAGGCCCUGCCUCACGUCAUCUACUGCCGCGUGUGGCGCUGGCCGGAUCUUCAGAGCCACCAUGAGCUGAGGCCCCUGGAGUGCUGCAGGUUCCCCUUCGGCUUCACGCAGAAGGAAGUCUGCAUCAAUCCCUACCACUACCAGCGCGUAGAAAGCCCUGUUCUUCCUCCAGUGCUGGUUCCAAGACACAGUGAAUACAGUCCUCAGCACAGCCUCCUAGCUCAGUUCCGGAACUUGGGACAGGAGGAGCCUCACAUGCCACUCAAUGCCACCUUUCCAGAUUCUUUCCAGCAGCCUACCAGCCACCCGUUCCUGCAUUCUCCCAUCAGCAGCUACCCAGAUUCUCCUGGAAGCAACUGCAGCACCUAUCACUCUCCAACCAGCUCAGACCCAGGCGGCCUUUAUCAGAUGCCAGCUGAUACUCCCCCACCUGCUUACGUGCCUCGUGAGGACCCUGUGACCCAGGAUGGCUCUCAGCCAAUGGACACAAAUAUGAUAGUGCCUUCACUGUGUUCAGAAGUCAACAGAGGAGAUGUUCAGGCAGUUGCUUAUGAGGAACCAAAACACUGGUGCUCCAUUGUCUACUAUGAGCUCAACAGUCGUGUGGGAGAAGCCUUCCAUGCCUCCUCCACAAGCGUGUUGGUGGAUGGCUUCACUGAUCCUUCCCACAGUGAGAACCGCUUCUGCCUUGGGCAGCUCUCCAGUGUUAGACGGAAUCCCACUAUUGAAAAGACCAGGCGGCACAUUGGAAAAGGAGUGCACCUUUACUAUGUUGGAGGGGAGGUGUACGCCGAGUGCCUCAGCGACAGUAGUAUCUUCGUGCAAAGUCGGAACUGCAACUACCAUCACGGAUUCCACCCCACGACUGUCUGCAAGAUUCCCAGUGGGUGCAGCUUGAAGAUUUUUAACAACCAGGAAUUUGCUCAGUUGCUGGCACAGUCUGUGAACCAUGGUUUCAAGACCGUCUAUGAGCUCACAAAAGUAUGCCUUAUACGCUUGAGCUUUGUGAAGGGCUGGGGAGCAGAAUACCAGCGCCAGGAUGUCACUAGCACCCCCUGCUGGAUUGAGAUACAUCUGCAUGGUCCCCUGCGGUGGCUGGAUCAAGUUCUCACCCAGAUGGGUUCACCUCAUAGUCCUAUUUCAUCAGUGUCUUAA